AUGACGGAGGAGAAAGACAAUCAGGUAGCAGACGAGAUCAAAACUUUUCGUAGGCAGAUGGGAAUCACCGUGAGUGGCGAUGAGAUCGCUCCUCCUAUCGGCACCUUCAGUGAGAUCAAACUGAGCAAGGAGCAGAAAUGGCUCCUCCAUGGCAUUGAGACGGCAGGGUGGAAGGAGCCGACGCCGAUCCAGAUGCAGGCGAUCCCCAUCCUCCUCGAGAGACGCGACCUGGUUGCCUGUGCUCCAACUGGGUCCGGCAAGACAGGAGCCUUUGUCAUCCCGCUCUUUGCGCUGCUUCAGGCGCCCAAGAAGGAGGGGAUCCGAGGGCUAAUCGUCUCCCCUACCAGGGAGCUCGCGACUCAGAUCUUCAACCAGUGCAAGCUGCUCAAGGCUUUCUCCAAGCUCCAAGUCAAGCUUCUCACCAAAGCAACCGCUGCUUCCGUGGCAGCCCUUCAGAUGGACCCGCAGGCGCGCAACCAUGACGUGGUCGUCUCAACCCCCGCACGCCUUGUCUCUCUGCUCCAGCAGAAGUCCCUUGACCUCAGCUCGGUCGAGCUCCUGAUAGUCGACGAGGCCGACAAGCUCUUCGAGGAAGGCUUCAUCACCCAGCUCGACGAGAUCCUGGCGGCAUGCAGCAACCGCAAGCUGCAGAAGUCUCUCUUCAGCGCCACCAUCCCCCCGCAGAUCGAGGAGCUCGCUCGCAGCAUCAUGCCUCAUCCGACCUUUGUCACGGUUGGCAGCAAGGUGGGAGCAAACUCGAAGAUCAAGCAGAAGCUCGUCUUCGUAGGCUCGGAGGAGGGGAAGCUCAUCGCCAUCCGUCAGCUCAUCCAAACAGGCUUGAAGCCUCCCGUCCUCAUGUUCGUGCAGUCCAUCGAUCGAGCGAAGCAGCUCUUCCGCGAGCUGGUGUACGACGGGAUCAACGUAGACGUCAUGCAUGCUGAGCGAACGCAAGCGCAGCGUGACAACAUCAUCUCUCAGUUCCGGUCGGGGGCCAUCUGGGUGCUCAUCUGCACAGACCUGAUGGCGAGAGGCAUCGACUUCAAGGGCGUGAACCUCGUCAUCAACUACGACUUCCCUCAGAGCACCAUCAGCUACAUCCACAGGAUUGGACGAACAGGUCGUGGCGGACGAGAAGGCGAGGCUGUAACGUUCUUCACUGGGGAAGAUGUCUUGUACCUCCGGAGCAUCGCGAACGUUAUGAAGCAGUCAGGAUGCGACGUUGCUGACUGGAUGCUCCAGCUCAAGAAGCCGGGCAAGAAGAAAGCAAAGAUGCUCAAGAAGAAGGCUCCUGAGCGCAAGGACAUUGUUGAGGUCCCGCGGUGCUUCAAGCAGCAAAGAAAGAAGAAACAGCAGAUGAUUGAAGGGACGAAGAAGAAGAAACAGGAUCAGGACUAG